GGUGGUCGUAGUAACAGUUGUGGUGAAAGUCGUGGUAGUAGCUGGUAUUAGCGAUCGCCGUGGUGGUAGUAGGUAGUAGUAGUAAGUUUAUUCAGGUAUACACAAAUACAGUUACAUAGAAUUAUCAUACAUAGCAGCAUAUGUGUAGAGAACCUGGGAUAACCCAAAAAAGUCAGACAGAGUGACUUAUUUCCAUUGUGGUCCUUUUGUAGUUGUAGCAGUAAUGAUAACAGUAAUAAUGAUAACAGUAUUCGUUAUGGCAGUAGCAAUAGAAGUAGCAACAACAAUAAUAAUAAUAAGUAAAUAACCGAAUAAAUCACAGGUGCCAUCAAUGGCAAUUUAUUCUGUUUUCUGAAAAAUCUCGCCAGAAAAUUUGUAGCAGCAAAUGGAGAUCGUUGCAUCAGUGGCGGUGUUGAUGCUGGUGUCUCCACUCUCUGCAACACGCUGGCAAUUUCUCCAGGAAAACCCUCUUACUCCUAUCCACGGCGAUGAUACAGGCUCCUAUCCCUAUCAGGGUGAGCUGAGGGAAAGUCCAGGGACUCCUGCCGGCGGUGCAUCCUACGGUAACCACGUCAAUCCUGGGCAGGAUGUUCCUUUGGAUGAGAGCUACGGUAAGGAUGCCAGAUGGGCAUCCCUUUACCCCGGGGGACAACAGGGGAAUCGGUCCAGGUUUAGGGGUACUCCGUUUGCUUCAGAGGUUCCCCCGGGGCCUUUGGAUAGGAGUGCAGCUUUUCGAAGCCUUUGGAAUGUCCAGCGUGAGAGAUCGUCGCUUCCAGUAGCACCAAAGGCGAUGUUGGAGGAGGAAGAGACGUCAUUCGUGAGGGAGAUGUUGGAGGCUGUGUUGGAGAGGGAGAUGAAGGGAUGCGACCUGGUUUUGAUCCACGAUGGAGGCAACACUCACCAGCUACUCCACCAUCUGCUGCACCUUCUACCCCACCUACGACAGGUGGUGGAAAUACGGAGGCCAGAAGACCUGAUGGGCGUGUUGUGGUCACCGACCUCCUCGUGUGAGGGCGUGGGCGGCUACAUCUUCCUCCUCCACAGCUCACAGCCUCUCCUCACAUUCCUCAACACAGACGAUAACAGCUGGGACUACUACGGAAGAUACUUCAUGAUUGGCUUGCAACUGGGAGAGCUGGAGGCUGUGAGCGAGUCUCGGAAGGGCAGGAAGACUGAGCACCUUGCUGGGGUAGUUAAGUCGAGUGUAGAGGGAGAGUGGGAGGUGUACAUGAACCAGAUAUACUGUGGGAGUGGAAUCAAGCGCCUCGCUAUCUGGAGAAGACACAGGUUCACAUCCCAGGUAGAGAUCUACCCAGACAAAAUCUCCAACCUGCGAGGCUCCACGCUCAAGGUGGUGACGUUCGUCUGGGAGCCCAGUAUCUUCUAUCAGCGGGGCGCUGACGGAGAGGUGACCCACCGCUACGGUAUCGACAUCCUGGUGAUCGAGGCGCUGGCCAGUGCUAUGAACUUCACAGUGGAGUACCAGGAGCCUCCCAAUGGUGAAAUGUGGGGUACAGCGACAGGAAAUGGCACAUAUACUGGCCUACGGGGGAGGCUGUACCGAGGAGAGGCUGACAUAGGCGUAGCUAACAUGUACUUUACCCUAAACCAGCAAGUUGGUAUCCAGUUCUCCGCUCGCUACGAUACCGAGUUUAACUGUUUCCUGGUCCGGUCUGAGCCUCCACUGCCUCUCUGGCAGGCUUUAUCGUUCCCUUUUAGUCGAUGGAUGUGGUUGGCUGUGUUCCUGUGUCUGCUAGCAUCAGGACCUGUCCUCUAUCUUGUAGCUCGUGGCACCGCUGCCUGCGGCGAGGACAUUCCGGAGCUUCGAACCCUGUCCUCCGGCUUCACUUACUCGUUCGCUACGCUCUUGGGCAAGUCGGCCGUCCGCGACCCCAAGCCGGUCUCCGCCCAUCUCCUGGUCCUCUCCCUCUGGCUCUACGGAAUGAUCGUCACCAUCGCCUACUCCACAAACCUCACUGCUUUCCUGCUCGUCAGCAGGAGACCCUACUCCAUGGAGACCUUCAAGGAGCUCCAUGACUCUGGUCUUCGAGUAUUUGGUCUUGGUGACCUGUUCAAACAGGAACUUGCUUCGGCCAGCGAUAUUUACCUCAAGGAGCUCUCCAGGACCUACGAAGGGUACAGCUCCCCAGGGCAGAUCUUCCCCAAGGUGCUGGAAGGCCAGGGCGCCCUGCUGGAAAACCACGGCUUCCUGGAGUUCACAGCUGCCACUAGAUUCGCUUCCAGGGGACAGUCUCGUGUUCGAAUCAUGAAGGAGUGUUUCGCCCCUUACAAUAUCGCCAUGGGUCUGCAGACACACUCGCCACUCAAGAGGAGGCUGGAUGUGGUCCUGGGCUGGAUCCAGCAAGCUGGUCUUGUUCGACGGUUCUUCCUGGACUCGUUGAGAUUAGCCAAGACAACGAAGGAGUACCGAGGAGCUAGCGUGGGUGAGGGUGGUGAGGACAGGGUGGAAGGGGGCGUCAUCCCCCUCAGCUUGAACCACCUCCAAGGAGCCUUCCUGAUCGUCCUGAUUGGCAGCUUCGUCGCCACCCUCGUCUUCCUCCUGGAGAUGUACCUGAUGGGCCGAGGCGUUGUCUGAUCGGUCUCACAUCGGCUGGAACCCACCACUUGAUAUCUGAUUGGCUGCAGAAAUGUCUCGUUUUGUUCCUGAUUGGAUGGAUAUUCAGAUUAUUUGUAUAAAAAAUAUCUGUUUUUUUUUAUUAGCCAGAGAAAUGAUCGUCUGAUCUCUGUCUGGCUGAAAAAAUU